GCGGCCGGAGGCGCUGCUGCUCCCUCACAACCUCCUAACGUGGGCGCGGGGCGCGGCCAGAGUACCAGGCUGCUGGCAAGCUGGAUCCCACCCCGGGACGUCGGGUCAUUGCUGACAUGUCAAGUGGGGUUGAUCAACAGUCACAGGUUCCUGCCAAACCUACUUUCGGUGAGGUACAAGCCUCUGCAUUAGUGGAAUCAGUAUUUGGGUUAAAAGUUUCCAAGAUCCAGCCUCUUCCUAGCUAUGAUGACCAAAAUUUUCAUGUAUAUACUUCAAGAACCAAAGACACUACAGAUGGCCCAACUGAAUAUGUCCUCAAAAUCAGCAACACCGAAACUAGCAAAAAUCCAGACCUGAUUGAAGUGCAGAGUCACAUCAUCAUGUUCCUGAAAGCAGCUGGCUUUCCAACAGCCUCUGUGUGUCGGACUAAAGGAGACAACAUUACUUCUCUUGUGUCUGUAGAUAGUGGCUCUGAAGUCAAAAGCUACUUGGUGAGGCUGCUGACUUACCUCCCAGGAAGACCUGUAGCUGAGAUUCCGGUCAGCCUCCAGCUGUUGUAUGACAUUGGAAGACUAGCUGCCAAACUGGAUAAGACCCUGGAGAAAUUCCAUCACCCAAAGUUAAGUAGUCUUCAGCGGAAGAACUUCAUCUGGAAUCUGAAAAAUGUUCCUCUUCUGGAGGAAUAUCUGCACGCCUUGGGCCAGAAUCAAACUCGAGAGAUUGUUGAGCAGGUCAUUCAGCUGUUCAAGGAGGAAGUGAUGACCAAAUUAAGUCAUUUUCGAGAAUGUAUCAAUCAUGGGGAUCUUAACGACCAUAACAUUUUAAUAGAGUCCAGCAAGUCAGCCUGUGGAGAUGCUGAAUAUCGCGUGUCUGGGAUUUUAGACUUCAGUGACAUGAGCUGUGGCUACUAUGUAUUUGAAGUGGCAAUCACCAUCAUGUACAUGAUGAUUGAGAGCAAAAGUCCUAUGCAAGUAGGAGGGCAUGUCCUUGCAGGGUUUGAAAGUAUCAUCCCCCUGACAGCUGCAGAGAGGGGUGCUUUGUUUCUACUUGUAUGCAGCCGUUUUUGUCAGUCACUUGUCAUAGCUGCACACUCCUGCCAGCUAUACCCAGAGAACAAAGACUAUCUUAUGAUUACUGCGAAAACUGGGUGGAAGCACUUACAGCAAAUGUUUGACAUGGGCCAGAAAGCUGUGGAAGAAAUCUGGUUUGAAACUGCUAAGUCCUAUGAAUCUGGGAUCUCCAUGUGACUAGGUAAAAGUUUACAUUAACCUGGGUAGUUAAAAACCCAAUAGGACCAAAUCAAAGGAUUUUCCUGAGUAGUUAAAAAUGAACUGAUGGAACAGGUUGAUUGUGAAUAUGACAAAGCACACAAAACUAGGUCUUCAAGCAAUCUCAUGACCAUGGUUUAAACUACAGAAAGUACUACAUAAGCAAGCGUGUCUCUCUGUGGAUGUAUGUGGUAUAAAACACAUAUAUGAUACUUUGAAUCAGAUAAUCUCUAGGUCUGUUCACCCUGAGAUCAAUGCCUUUUUUAAAUUUUGAAAGGAAUAUGCUGUAUAUGUAUAAAUAUAUUCAUGUAUUUUGAAUAGCUGGACAUAAUGUACAGACAGACCUAGCUAACGAUCCCCAGUUCUAUGAAACCUUCUCUGAUCUCUCCUUUCUCUGGAAUCCCAUCGCACUAUGUCUUUUUCAUGACACACCACUUUGCGUAAUGGAUCAUGGUUCACAGUCAUCUAGGCUGAGGGUAAUGGGAGGGCAGCUACCUUGUGAAACUUAUUUUUGCCCAUCUGUUCUUCUCACACCUGCUCUGGUGCCUUUCAUACAGAAGAGUCUGUAAAAAUAUUUUCAGAAUGAAUGUAUGCUAGAAAAAGCUGGAGAAAGCACACACUAAGACGCCUUAGAAGGAAACACAGAAGGUAUUCUUCAAAGAAUUUUUUUUUUUUUUUAGAGACAGAGUCUCACUUU